AUGGAGUAUGCCAUAAAGGAAGCUGUGCCAAAGGUUGGGCUUGAAUUUGAAAAGGGAAAGGAGUUAUACCAUGUAAAGCUGUCUGAUAACCUGCAACCUGGAUCAACUAUCUCGUGCAAAUGUCGCGUGGCCGAAAAUCAGAAAAAACUUGAAUUGUACAAGAUUGAAUUGAACCAAGUGCGCCACCUAGUUGCAGAUAUGUCCUGUCUUGAUAAGUCCCUAGACCUGAGGCUGAUGCUAUGCACCAAAAGAAUCAUAACUACUUUAACAGACGAUGAGGUAGAUAGCAUCAGAAGUCUAGUUAGUUCCGCCACUUUAGACCCGGAAGUGAAGGGUGGGUUAAGAUGGCGCCUCGGGAAGGAGUCUUCUGGAGACCGAUACACUGUUGUUGGGGUUUGGCAUAUAAAUGCUAAAAUAUAUAGAGGUUCAUCAAUUAGGCUUAAGAUCCGAGAUGCAGAUAGAUUUGACUUCCUGUCUUCAUCUGGGGAAGUUACAUGCGAGGUCACUCUGAAAAUGACUUCAAUAGUAUCAAACUUGCUGGUGAGUUUUUUUGUGGUAGUUGAUUCUGUAAUCUGCUUGUGUAGAUGA